CUAUGGUUCUUAUACUGGAAGAUAGGCCGCCUAUAUAAGGCAUGCGCAGGCGUGGGAGCGUCUCUUUUCCUCUGGCGCGCCACCGACAAUCCUAUUGUCAUCAUGGGUCGCCGCCCCGCCCGGUGUUACCGGUAUUGUAAGAACAAGCCAUACCCAAAGUCUCGUUUCUGCCGGGGUGUCCCUGAUGCUAAGAUCCGCAUCUUUGAUUUGGGACGAAAGAAAGCGAAAGUUGAUGAAUUCCCACUUUGUGGCCACAUGGUGUCGGAUGAAUAUGAACAACUCUCUUCUGAAGCAUUGGAGGCUGCCCGUAUUUGUGCCAACAAAUACAUGGUAAAGAGUUGUGGCAAGGAUGGCUUUCAUAUCCGAGUGAGGCUCCACCCUUUCCAUGUCAUCCGUAUCAACAAGAUGUUGUCUUGUGCUGGGGCUGACAGGUAAGCUGCUGUUUUAUGGGGUUUUGAGACAGGGUUUCUCUGUGUAGCCCUGGGUGUCCUGGAACUCAGUGUAGACAGGCUGAUCUUGAACNNNNGCACCAAGUUGCAGAAUAAGGAACAUGUGAUUGAGGCUCUUCGCAGAGCCAAGUUCAAGUUCCCUGGUCGCCAGAAGAUCCACAUCUCAAAGAAGUGGGGCUUCACCAAGUUUAAUGCCGAUGAAUUUGAAGACAUGGUUGCUGAGAAGCGGCUCAUUCCUGAUGGCUGUGGUGUCAAAUAUAUCCCCAAUCGUGGUCCUCUGGAUAAGUGGAGAGCCCUGCAUUCCUGAAGGCUUCGGGUGCUCUCCUAUACCCUACCAAAUCAUGUUCAAUAAUAAAUCUUGCAUCAAGUCCG